CAAUAAUGACCCUUAAAUAAAAUAGAUAAGUGAAAAUAAAGAGUUAUAGUAAGGUGAGGUCGUAUUCUCGUGAGUGUGUGGGCCAACUCGGCCGAGUCGCCGAGGUGUGAAGGCCUGGCCAGCAGCAGCAGCAGCCCGCCGCCUUGUUUCCUGCCAUAACCCAGUCAGUCAGCAGUCCAAGCUUGAUCUGUCAGCCCCAAGAAGAGUGUCUUGUCCCAGCCCAGAAGAGGACUCUCCCUGACACACGUGCAGCUCGGCUAGUGAUGGCAGCUCGGCUGCUGUGCUCCGGGGAACGCAUCGUGGUUGUGUCGGCGCGUAGUCUGGGCUCACUGUGUGCAGGGCGACGAACGUUCUCCAGCCAGGGCAGCAACAACCCCAAGGAGGCAACCCCACCACAGGAUGUCAAGGAGGUGGCCGGAGACCCUCUGGACACAUGGCUGGACAUCCGUGCCGGCAUCUUUGGGCCCAGUGACCAGCGGAUGCCCCUGCCCGGUAACAUUGGUCUGAGCGACCGCCUGGGUGGCUCUUCCUAUGCCUUGCCGUCCCCCCAGCCUGCCCCCUCUGGCCCCCGCCCCACGCCAGACAUCCUCACCCACAAGACAAACCACGAACACCAGCUGCAGGCGCUGGGUCAGUGUAACCCCGGGGAGCUGUCUGACUUGGAGGGCCACCCCAACCCUGCCCCCGCCAUGCCCUCUCACCCGGCCGACGUGCUGGAGUGCAAGGUGCAGACGUGCCCCGACCUUGUCAAGAAAGACUUCCUGGACCUGUUCCCGGGGCGUAACCUGAGGGAGGGGCCGCUGUCGGUGGUGACCCUGAGCCAGCGCACCAAACACGACAUGAGCUGCUGGUCGGAGGGCAUGGAGGGAGAGCGCGAGGAACUGCAGCUAUAUUUCAUCCUGGCGGCAGAGGACAUCUGCGCCACCCUGCAACGCGAGGGCUACUGGGCGGACUUCAUCGACCCUGUGUCUGGGCGUCCGUACCUUGGCCAGUUCACAAACGCCACGCUCUUCGAGACGGACGAGCGCUACCGCCACCUGGGCUUCAGGAUAGAGGACCUGGGGUGCUGCAAGAUCAUCUCACACCGCCUCUGGGGCACCAACGUCUUCGUGGGUGCCAUCUUCACCAACGCACCCAUCAACUCUGAGGUGCUGGACCAGGCCCUCAACAAGCACGAGAAGGGCCGCUCCUCCUCCUCCACCCCCUCCUCCGAGCAGCACUAACGCCACGUUGCCCUAGGACAACACUCUUCCCUCCCUGCGUGUCCCUGGGCGAGGUGCUGAGUGGAGGUUGCCUGGGGUGAGACUUUGCCCCUGCCCUGCCCUCCAUCGCUGUGCUAAGAAAGAAAACUCCCCUGUACAUAUUAUUUAAGGAUGUCUUUCCUAGUUGGCCAAACACUAAAUUUUUCUCUUUUUCAUUUUUAUUUGCUUAUUUUUAUUUUUAUUUUUUCCUUCUUCACUGACUUGACAACAUAAUGUGGACUUUAUUUGCAUUCGUCUGUGGGUGUGCUUUGAUUGCCUCCCGCACUGUGAUUACUGUAGUAUUUGUUUGUUGGUUUGUGCGCACUGUUUUGAUCAGUACUCAUGUCAGGAUAUAACUAUACGUACUGAAGGGAGUUGAGGUGACAGGAAACAAGGGUAAUCAUGCAUUAGAUCAGUGGCUCCCAACAUUCUUGCAGUUGUGGCCCUUCUCCAAGAAUCUGAAAACCCUGAUAUCUAGUUUAUUUUACACAUUUUUUGAUAGGCUAAUUUUCACCUAUACCCAGCCCUGACAUACCCCAAAGAUAUCCUGAUGCUCCCUCCCAACACUCACCAGUAGCAGCACACAUUACCAGCAGAAAAGCAGAAAAGACACUCUCAAAACCUUAAGCUAUUAAAAUCUUUCUCCCAAGCUGUUUCUAGCUAGGCUUCAUGACCCCCCCAGCCAGUUCUCCUUAGAUGAAGAGAUGGGACAUUAAAGAUAGUCUAAUGAUGCUUAAGAACUGAUAAGAAGUGGACAGCCAAAAUAAAAUUACAACCCAGGAAAUUUAAAACUUGGGACAGACAGAAAACUUGGUGAGGAGAUGAAAUAAGAACCUUUGUCAUAGCAGUAAAGGGUUCGCUAACACCAGACAGAGAGGCUUGAGAAGGUUGGGACACACAGUAGCUGCUGACAAUGGUAAUGAUGUCAAAUAUGAACUGCAAGAAUAGAGAACACUUACAAAUAGUUUUACUCUGAGUUGAUGACUGAUGGAACGGUGCAACAAACUGGCAGAACACAUGCAAAAGAGAGUUAGGUUAGGCUUGCCAGCAGCACACAGGGAUAAGACAGGAAGGGAGGGUAGGGAGGUCGGGAGGGAGGCAUUAGGAAGUACUGUAGUUUUAAUUGGAGGUAUCGAAUAGGAGAGCUUUGCCAUCUUGUUAUCAAUAGAGCCGAGCAAAAUUCAAAUUGAUUCAGAUACAAGUGUGUUUUGUGUUCUUGGUACUUCUUCAAGAUCCUGACUAUACUUAGAUCACAACCAGAACUGUUAUAUCAGUAUCAAUGUGCACUUCACCUAGCUCUUUUGGUACCAACAUGGCAUCUGUGAUGAGGGUGACCACACUCUGCUAUUCUGUAUCUGUAGUGUUAAUGCAUAGUUGCACAGCUCCCACCCAGGCCUGUCUUUGGUAAAAUAACAACAUUGGGGUGUGCCUGGCAGCUCGUGUGUGUCAGUCAUUCUGGUAAGUGCUCAUCGGGGAAGAAUAAAUGCUCUUGGAAAAUUAUUCUUGGGGUGUGACGUAAAGUUUUCAAAAUAACAAUUGCUAGAUCUUUUCUUGACAACUCAGUAAGUCUUUCAUGGAAGGCAAAUUUAUUGAACCAUAGAAACCCAAGCAAGGAUUUUCUGUAUAAACUAUUAAAAAUAGUAUAUAAACUAUUAAACAAAAUUAUUUAUUUUUGGUGACAUUAUCCACAAUCAACAAUAUCAUUUUUGCUUUUAUUUAGUGUAGGCAAAGCCUACACUUGCCCGCCAACGAGGUAUUUCAGCAGAGGCUUCUUCCUUGCAGCUCGUCUUCACACCUCAUCUUCCAGAGUACAGUCUUGCCCCACAUGGGCUUGCUUCCAAAAGUCACAACAUAACCCGCUAUGACAUAGAUCAAACCUGAUGCCUUAAAAUUACUAAAAACGCCCUAAGUGGCCUGAAACACCUGAGAACUAGUUGGCUAAGUUGGUGAGUGACAAAAUCAGACACAGUAGCAUUUUCUGAGCAAAAAAUUAUUCUAGCAAAGUGGCAUAAACUUGAAUUUGACAUAUUGAAAUGAUGUCAAGCCAAGUAUAAGUGUGUAGGGUUUUCUCCUUCAUGAGUACUGACUGGUGCGGUGCGUACAAACUGUCAAACCUUCCCCUAAGACCUGGUGGUGUUAUGGCACUCCCUGGUCAGUGAGGCGCCAGGCAGGAGGGAGGAAGGGAGGGGUGCCGCAGGUCAGGAUGUGGUGGUGGUGGUCGGCGCCGUGCCGUCAGCCACCUGAUAUGAGUCAACCCGCCACGGUUGUUGUUCUUAGUGUUAUAAUAGUGUACAUAGUGUAAAUGGAUGCUUGCCAGCCCUGCAUCAGUCAGUUACAUAGAUAUGCCUUGACUCUGGUUGUGAAGGGCUCAUAUAUUCUCUCUUCUCUGCUAUUCCUAUUCAGACUUAUUAAAUUUCAAAAAGAAUAAAGUUUUUUCGAGACUCCUUCAACUAGCAACAUAUAUUCCUUGUCUCUUGGCUUGAAGGGAUUAUAAAUUAUUCUAUCUUCUAUAAUAUUCGGGAAGUGUUAGCGAGUAAAUUUCAUCAAGAACAACAUUUUUUAGAACCCGUCAACCAGCUAUUUGUAUGCCUUGGUUCUGGAUCUAUUCGCUCUUCUCUGCUAUUCAGUUAGACUCGGUAAAUUUUGGCAAUGAUUAUAUUUCUUUAGAAUCUUCAUCAACUAACAACUUCAUAUAAACUUCAUGUUAACUUUGCCUCUGGUUGUGAAGGGAUUGAUUAUGUCUUCUUUUCUCUGCUAUUCAGUCUUAGUAAAUUCCAGCAAGUACAGAUGUCUUUUAGAGCCUCAGUUAAAUAGUAGGUUCAUAUAUGUUUUGCUUCUUGGUGUAUAAAUGUAUUCUCUAAUCUCUGUUAUUCAGUCUUAGUAAAUUUCAGCAAGAAUGACAUUUUUUAGAACCUACAACAGCUAAGAACUUCGUAUCAUCACCUUUAUAAACAUAAUGGUGUGUUCGAGCUGGCAAAAAUUUCUUACACUACAGAUGACUUGAAAUUUAACUAUCUGUAUCUAAUUUUGUUUUUCCCUAAGCAAGUAUUCAAAAGAAGAACUCAUUGCCUGCUUUUUUGAGGAAUUUUUUUGGUGAAGGGAAUAAUCUUGAAGACAAUAAUACUAAGCACAUUUUUUUCCUUUCUUGGUGGACAGGGGACCAAGCCUUGACUGUGCACCUAAUAUAGUUCAGUAAGACACUCCUUCUUUGGGCCCAGGACUGAUUGACUGGCCACUGCUUAGUACAAACUCAAUUUGUCAAUAUUAAGAGUGAAGCAUCCUUUUUCCUUUGUCAUCCUAUCCAAGUAAUUACAAGUCCCAUACAAGAACAAUCAGGGCUCAUAAGUCACUAAGCUGGUGGGGCUGCAGAGGUGACGUUGAGUAAGGUUAAGGUUCGUGUACAGACCAUCAGAGUAUUUUGUGUCUCCCCGGCAAUGAUGACCUGUGUAGUGACGACCAGUGGAUGAAUAGUGAAUAUAUAUUGUGGAAUGUU